AUGGCGACAUCAAAUACAGGUGAAGCAGUCCGUGUUAUAGUUCGUUGUCGACCGAUGAAUCAACGUGAGCUAGAUCUUGCAUGUCGAACUGUUAUUACUAUGAAUAUGCAAUUAAAUCAAGUUCUGUUGGAAACAAUCGACGAACGAAAUGAACCACCCAAGCAAUUCACAUUUGAUGCAGUGUAUCCUGAGAACUCAAAUACAGAAACUUUAUACACAGAUUCCGUCUUUCCACUAGUAGAAAGUGUAUUGGAAGGAUACAAUGCAACUGUAUUUGCUUAUGGUCAAACAGGAUGCGGGAAAUCAUUCACUAUGCAAGGAAUUAAUACAACCGGAUCUUUACAACGUGGUGUUAUACCUCGAUCGUUUGAACAUAUAUUCGAAGCGUCAUCGGUAACAGCUGGCACCAAAUAUCUUAUUCGCGCAUCAUAUCUCGAAAUCUACAAUGAGAGCAUUCGUGAUCUUUUGGGUAAAGACGCGAAAGCGGUACUUGAACUCAAAGAACAUGUUGAUAAAGGUGUUUUUGUUCCGAAUUUAACAUGGCAUCAAUGUAUAAGUGUCAAGGAUUGCGAGCGUCUGAUGGAUAAAGGUAACAAGAACCGCGCGACUGGUGCUACCUUGAUGAAUAAGGAUUCAUCUCGAUCCCAUUCGAUCUUUACCAUUAUGACGGAAAUGUGCACGCAAAGUGAAUUGGACGGAAAAGAACAUAUUCGCGCAGGGAAAUUGAAUCUAGUCGAUCUAGCCGGCAGUGAACGGCAAUCGAAAACACAUGCGGAAGGUGAUCGUCUUCGUGAAGCGACUCGAAUUAAUUUAUCACUGAGUGCCCUGGGUAAUGUCAUAUCUGCCUUGGUUGACGGUCGCUCGAAGCACAUACCUUAUCGAGAUUCCAAAUUAACACGUCUGUUACAAGAUUCACUUGGCGGCAAUACUAAAACAUUGAUGAUUGCCGCUAUAAGUCCAGCACAUGAUAAUUAUGAAGAAACACUUUCGACAUUACGAUAUGCAAAUCGAGCGAAAAAUAUUAAGAAUAAGCCGCAUAUAAAUGAAGAUCCACGCGAUGCACAAAUGAGAAUCUUACAAGAAGAAAUCAAUCGUCUUAAACAAGAACUUCUCGAUGCUGGAAAUAUGAAUCGUGAAAUUCAAUCGUUUUCAUCCGAUGGAAGAGGUUCGCAAAUCAAAUACGAUGAAGAAAUUGAAAAAGAAAAGGAAAGAUUACGCACGGAAUUCGAACGUGAAGCAGCGGAAUUGCGUCGACAAUGCGAAGAAGAACGUUUAACAAAUCAAGAACUGCAACACAGAUACAAUGAUUUGAAAGAGCAAUAUGAUGGCGAUAUCAACGCUUUGGACAAACAGACUGCUCCGAGGAAAGGGAAAAAGAAAGACAGAUCUGGUAAACAAUCCAAUGAUGAAAAUGACCGUACACCAAGAGCGAUGAAUUCUGAAGAAAAACUGAACCGGUUAUACGAAUUAGAACAUAAGCUGAUCGGUGGAGAAGAAAUUAAUAAUGAAGAACAGAAAAAGAAGCGAAAAAAAAGAUUGAAUGAAAUGCGUGAAAAACAAGAACAACGCCAGUUAUUAACGAAAGCAAUCGAAAGCAAUGAUGAUGAUGUUAUGAUGCGCGUUUUUGACAAUGCUCAAGAAGAGUUGCACUUCACAUCUAAGCAACUCGAACAAUUACGUUUGGAAAAUAAACGUUUAAAACAAGAUAAUGAGGACUUACUACACGAAUUCGAAAGCGAUCGUCAGAACUACUUCAAUAUAAUGCGUGCUCAAGAAAAGCAACUGCUUCUCUUUCGUACAAUGCUUGAGAAGAUGAGUAGCGUUAUGGAACGUAAUUGUAAUUACAGCAAUCUCGAUAAGAUCAUUGAAAAAGCACGUUAUGACGAAGAAAGAAAUGUUUACUAUAUUCCAGAUCCCAUUCGAGAAGAAGUUCAAUUUCCUCAAGUAGCAAAUCUACCAGUGUCAGGCAGUAAUCGUAAUGCUCAAAAUGAUUUUCAUUCACCAUCGCCAUUGAAUUAUAGUUAUCAAAAUCAAUUUGCUAAUCUCGAUCCCGACGAAGUCGAGCGACGUUACGCACGGAAUACUGAUCCAUCAACUGUUCCAUUGAAUACAACACGGAAUAAACGACAAGAACAAUUAUUAAAUGAAAACGCUCUUUUCCAAAGUAUCAAAACACACCCAAGUCAAACGAAUGAUAAUGAUUAUUUCAAUCGUCGCCUUAGUCCUUAUGAAUCUCCAAUACCUCGACUUACCCGUCGGUACGGCCCGUCCGCAGAUAAAUAA